UCACUUCACCUGAGUAGGUCCGCCAUGGGGAAGACCACCACAGGCCAGAUAGUCAACCUGAUGUCCAACGAUGUGAACAGGUUUGAUCAGGUAACAGUGUUCUUGCACUAUCUGUGGAUGGGACCACUGCAGGCUGUCGCAGUGACUGCCCUGCUCUGGAUGGAAAUAGGAAUGUCGUGUUUUGCCGGGAUGGCGGUUCUCAUUAUUCUUCUGCUUUUGCAAAGCUGCUUCGGGGUGUUGUUUUCAUCACUUCGGAGUAAGACUGCAGCUCUCACAGACGACAGGAUCAGGGCCAUAAGCGAAGUCAUAACUGGCAUCAGAACAGUAAAAAUGAAUGCUUGGGAAAAGUCAUUUAUAGACCUUAUUACCAGACUGAGAAGGAAGGAAAUUUCCAGGAUUCUGAAAAGUUCCUACCUUAGGGGCAUGAAUUUGGCAUCAUUUUUUGCUGUAAGCAAAAUCAUGAUUUUUGUCACCUUCAUCACCAAUGAGCUCCUUGACAACCGGAUCUCAGCCAGCCAAGUGUUUGUGGUGGUGACGCUGAUCGAGGCUCUGCGGUUCUCGAGCACCCUCUACUUCCCCAUGGCCGUCGAGAAGGUGUCAGAGGCUGUUGUCAGCAUCCGAAGAAUCAAGAAUUUUUUAUUACUUGAUGAAAUACCACAGGUCAACACUCAGCUGCCAUCAGAUGGUGAAGUGAUGGUGGACAUGCAAGAUUUCACUGCUUUUUGGGAUGAGGAAUCGGAAACCCCAACCCUACAAGGCCUUUCCUUUACUGUCAGACCCGGUGAACUGUUAGCUGUGGUCGGACCUGUGGGAGCAGGAAAGUCUUCAGUGUUAAGUGCUCUGCUGGGGGAGCUGCCCCCUAGCCAGGGGAAGGUCAGCGUGCUUGGGAAGAUUGCAUAUGUUUCUCAGCAGCCCUGGUUGUUUCCAGGAACUGUGAAGAGUAACAUUUUAUUUGGGAAGAAAUAUGAAGAAGAGCGAUAUAAAGAAGUAAUAAAGGCUUGUGCUUUGGAAGAGGAUUUGCAGAAUUUGAAGGAAAGAGAUCUAACUGUAACAGGAGAUGGGGAAGGGAACCCACUGAGUGAAGGACAGAAAGCCCGGGUCAGCCUUGCCAGGGUAAAUGGAGCCGUGUAUCAGGACGCAGACAUCUACCUCCUGGACGAUCCGCUCAGCGCAGUGGACACAGAAGUCAGCAGGCACUUGUUGAACA